UACCCAUAAGAAGGUGCAUAUAUAGGUUUUCCCUCAAUACCCAUAAUCAAAACUUUUCGAUCACCAUUUCCGCCAGGGUAUCUCCUCUUAAAAAUCGUCUGAAAUUCAGGUAUCAACAAUCCCCCAAGUUUCCACCUUUAUUUCUUCUUUUUAAUUUUAUUACAUUUUUCUCGAAAAACAACAAAAACCCAUAAUUUCAAUCUACGAUAAAUUCUAUGAAAAGUUAUAUAAAAAGAUGAAAGAAAUAGAUGGAUCUGAUGAAUCAAGAUCUUUUGUAAAAACAAAAAGCUCAUCUGGGUGUUUGAUUGUUGAAAAAAAGGCUGGGGCUUUUAGUGUGGGGGGUAAGUUUUCGGGUUUGAGUAAGGAUAAAAAGAGGGCUAGAGUUGUUUUAAGUGAUUCGGAGUCGAGCGAUGAGUUAGGCGAGCCUGUUCGUCGAAAAGUUUAUAAAUUUAGCACUGGGUUAGUCGAAAGUGACGAUUUACGGAUGAAGAAAAAGGUUAAGGGGAAUGUGUCUAAUGAGGUAAUUAGUACCGGGUUAGCUGAAAGUGACGAAUUGCGUGUCAAGAAGAAGGUUAAGGAUGUGUCUAAUGAGUUGUUUAAUACCGGGUUAGCUGAAAGUGACGAAUUACGUGUCAAAAAGAAGGUUAAGAAUGUGUCUAGUGAGGAUUUUGGUACAGGUUUAGUUGAAAGUGAGGAUUUACGGAUCAAGAAAAAGGUUAAGAAUGUGUCCAAUGAGGAUUUCGGUAGAGGCUUAGUUGAAAGUGAAGAUUUACGGAUCAAGAAAAAGGUUAAAAUUGCGUCGAAUGAGAUUGUUGAAAAGAGGCUUAGGAAGGAUGUCGACGAGGGUCCACGUAGGUUGAUGUUAGAUAAGCGGAAUGUGGACAAGAAGAGGACGGGUGUGGAUAAAGAAAAGGAAGUUUUUUUGGAAAGUAAGAGUGGACGUGUAAUGGAUGGUGAUGAUGAUAAUGAAGAUGAGGAUAUUGAUGAGGGUGUUGGGUUGGCACUUAAAAACGGUGGGUUGAAGGUUAAACGGAAGGAAUCUAGGAGUGGUGUGCGACCACCUAGCUUAGUGAAAGUGUUAAAACGGGAUGGGAAUGCGAAUGUACCAACGAAGAAUGAGGUUUUAGUGAAAGGCAAGGAAAGCAAGAUUAAGGGUGCUAGUACCACGGAAAAGCAGUUGUUGCGGGAGAAGAUUAAGAAAAUGCUUUUUGAUGCUGGAUGGACGAUUGAUUAUAGACCGAGAAGGAAUAGAGAUUACCUUGAUUCUGUUUAUAUGAGUCCUGGAGGAACCGGUUAUUGGUCUAUAACUAAGGCUUAUGAGGCGUUACAAAAGGAAGAGAGAGAUAAAUCGAAAGCUAGUGGGGACUUUACUCCUUUACCCUAUGAGGUUCUUAAUAAAUUGACAAGAAACACACGAAAGAAAGCUGAAAGGGCUAUUCUAAAGAAUAUAAGACGUGAAGGCAUCAGCGAGGAGUCGAAACGGGUUAAAGUGAAAAAGUUUGCACAUAAUGCAGCUAGUGGUAAUAAGCAAAUGGAGAAACUUGGCUCUUUAAUGAGGCACAGUCGUAAGCUAUCAGAAAGCCGAUCGAUGGAAGCAAGUGAGGAGAGUGAUGACUGUUUAAGUGAUAAUUCUGAGAAGAAAGCACCCCGUAAAGAUGCAUUGAAAAAGUCAACUGUGCAUCCUAGUUCUCAGAUCGUACAUGGAAGAAAAAGCGGAAUAAUCGGCAGACUUACAUUGAUGGGUCGUGGUUCUGAGAAGGGACAACACUCAGAACAUCAUGGGUUUGUUCCAUACUCAGGUAAACGAACCAUGCUCUCCUGGUUAAUUGACUCGGGAAUGGUUUCUGUCGGUGAAAAAGUGGAAUAUAUGAACCUUAGGAAGACACGGGUAAUGGAAGAAGGUUGGAUAACUGAAGAUGGAAUUCAUUGUGGUUGCUGCAGCAAAAUUGUAACAGUUUUGAGGUUUGAGCUUCAUGCAGGAAGCUUACUCCGGCAGCCAUUUCAAAAUAUUUUUAUAGAAUCUGGCAAGUCAUUGAUUCAGUGCCAGAUUGAUGCGUGGGAUAAGCAAGAAGAGUCAAAGAUAAAGGGAUUUCAUGCCGUGGAUGUUAAUGGUGGCGAUCCUAACGAUGAUACUUGUGGUUUAUGUGGGGAUGGCGGGGAUUUAAUUUGCUGCGAUGGCUGUCCUUCAACUUUUCACCUGAGCUGCUUAGAUAUGCAGAUGCUCCCUCAAGGUGAUUGGCACUGUCUAAAUUGUGCCUGCAAAUAUUGUAAAGUAGCUGGUGGACAUCGCCGUAAGGCCAGUGGUAGAACUGCAACUUCACUUCUUACAUGCCACCUUUGUGAGAAAAAAUAUCAUAAAUCAUGCCUCCCUGAGAUGGAUGACCAGCCUAUUGAUUCCAGUGAUCUGAACCUUCCUUUCUGUGGGCAGAAGUGCCAAGAGCUAUAUCGCUCCUUGCAGAAGCUUCUGUGGAUUAAGCAUGAGUUAGAUUCAGGAUUCUCAUGGUCUCUUAUUCAUCGAUCUGACCCAUUACCAGAUGUUGCUUCUGCAAAUUUUUCUCAAAGAGUAGAAUGCAAUUCUAAACUGGCUAUUGCUCUAUCUGUCCUGGAUGAGUGUUUUUUGCCUAUCGUUGACAGGAGAAGUGGGAUUACUCUAAUUCAUAAUAUUGUUUACAAUUGUGGAUCAAACUUUAGCCGAUUAAACUAUAGUGGCUUCUUCACAGCCAUUUUGGAGAGGGGUGAUGAAAUAAUUUGUGCUGCAUCCAUCAGGAUCCAUGGAAGCCAACUAGCAGAGAUGCCAUUUAUUGGGACCCGUGAUAUGUAUAGACGCCAAGGAAUGUGUCGUCGGUUAUUGCAGGCUAUUGAAUCAGCUCUCUCCUCUCUGAAAGUUGAAAAACUGGUUAUUCCUGCCAUUGAAGAACACAUGCAGACAUGGACUAACGCUUUUAGCUUCCAACCUCUAGAUAGUUCACAGAAGAAAGAAAUGAGAUCAUUUAACAUGUUAGUGUUUCCUGGAAUAGAUAUGCUACAGAAACCCUUGCUGAAACAAGACAUCCAGGAAGGCAUCAUAACUUCAGAAAAAGGAAUAGAAGGUGUUGAUGUGGAUGACUCCAAUGAUAUCUCGACCAAGAAAUCCGAGUUGAAUGAUGCAAUCAUGCGGAAUAGCAAUCAGAGUACUAGAAACCCUUCUGACUCAGAAAUCCAAUCAUCUGCAAAGAAAUCUGAUGCACAAUCAGAUGCCAAUGUUUUAACAAGUAUGUUACUGGAUUUGAAUGAGGCUACUGAUGCAACUGCUGGUACUAUUUCUGGUUCCUGUUCCAAAGGAGAAGCAAUUAAUUUGCAAAAUGGGAAUACAGCUGCCAUUGGGAUUGCUGAUGUGGUUUCUCGAUAACCCCAAGGCCCUAAUGGGGCUUCAACCAAUACUAUAUUUACAAAAAAUUCAUGUGGAUCUCAACUUCUAAUCACUACAAAGUAUUCUGUUUCCAUGGAUGUGCAUUCUCAUUCCAUUGCAUUUCAGAACAGCUGUAUGACUAAUGGUAUUCUGAUGGAAGCUGAUCUUUAAUGUUGAUGCCUAGAAGUGAAUGAUGUGCAGAAUGAUGCCAACAGGAAUGUGUUAUUCAGUUGCUGCUGGUUGCACAAGAAAAAUGUAGGCAGAUAUACAGAGGAUAUAUUAUAGACAUGGUCUUGUGCAGAAUCCUAAUUAUAUUGAAAUGAAAUUCGUUUGCAUAUUUUUAGUACAAGUGAACCACACCAAAUAGAAAUUUUGUUGAUUGAUAUUAUUGCAACUUGUAGAGUGAAUGAAAUUUGUUACAAGGUGGAUUCUAACAA